UUUUGCAUCUAAUCGAAAUGGCACAUUAUCAUGUUAUUCUUCUUAUAGCUGCUUUCUUUGUCAAAGAGGGCUAUCAAGCACCUUGCGUUUGCACGGCACAAUAUGACCCAGUGUGUGGUACAGAUGGCAAAACUUACUCGAACCCGUCGUGUAUGCGUUGCACACCAAAUGUCCAGAUAGCUUGUCGCGGAAGAUGUCCGUGUAGACCAUGUAUAUGCACAACUCAAUAUGAUCCAGUGUGUGGUACGGACGGAAAAACGUACUCCAACACUUCAUGUAUGCGCUGCACACCAGGUGUAAGAGUUGCUUGUAAAGGUGAAUGUCCCUGCCCCAGGCCUUGUAACUGUGAGGGUAAGGGUAGGUCUCCUGUGUGUGGAGUAGAUGGCAGAAACUAUGAUCAUCCGUGCUGGGCACGUUGCCACAAUAUAGCAGUGCAGUGUAAUGGAUAUUGUCCCUGCAAAGGAUACGGAAAAUAAAAAGUAUCAAAAAUCUAA